AUGACUCAAGCCUUGAUCCGCCCUUAUAAACAGCUUUCCAGCAGCCAAGCUAUCUAUUCCCUGCAGAUAAUACAAAAAGUUACGAGGCGGAUGCGGCACUCUACAAUUAUCUCUUUAAUACUAAGAUAUUCAAAGCACAUCCCACUAGCCGAUAUACCUAGUAAAUCAUGGAUGCUACGUCUCAUACCCGGCGCUAUAGUGGAGCUUUCGGUGAUCGAGUCUAGUUACGACUUCGCUCUUCACUAG